UGCAAGAUGACUGCUCUCGCAUUGGCUUGGCUGGCACUGCAUGUUGACAUGAUAUUUGGCCAGUGGCAGCAGCAUCUCACAGGGGACCGAAGGAGGAUAGGCUACUGUUCCUCUGGCUGCUAGCUUACAACCGAGCCUCUUGUUAUGGCAGUAUGCCAGUCAUGAACAGAUCAGGAUUAUUGAGUAAGGCAGGUUUGAGGAGGUUGUUCUCAUCAGAUGAAGUGUGGAGUUUAGGUAGUAAGAGGAACCAAGUAGAACUCGUACCAGCUGAGCAACACAUUCUACAAAUCUCUGAAUCUAAUCACCUUCCAGCCAGUCGCUCUCACAGGUUCAGCCGGCAGAACCAAGCUCCUGUUCACCUUAUAAGUCCAGAAAGAACAGCCAAGACGGACAGUGGGAACACUCAAUGCCAGCAAGACUCUGUGAAGACUUUGAAAUCAGGAUCUAAAAGUGAUGAACUAGAGACUCAUAAGAAGGUACAAGGGUUUUAUGAGGAUGUCUGCACACCCAAGAAUAAUGAAGCCUGCGAUGGAGAAAUACUACAACACCCAGCUGAAGGACCCCUGAAACAACUUUUAAAUAUACAACAAUUAACACUCAGCCAUGAGUUUGAUCCAGAUGCAGAAAAAAACCCUAUAGAGUCUAAUUUGUCAUCUGACACAAAAGAGGUUCUGCUAUUUGACUCCAAGAGUGGCCGUUUUAAACCCAAAGAGCAAGAGAGCGUAAAGAAGACAAGUGUAGUCCAUAGCAGUCUUAAACCAGAAAUCAACCCUCUUAAUGUGCAGAGCAAUCAGAAAUUGCAAAGUGUGCUCUCUUUGAACAACAACCUCUCUGACAAGAAUGCUCAGGGGGCAUGGAAAUCAUCGAUUUCAUACCCUAAAACUGAUCAAAUUUUUAUAGACCACGAGUUUCCUGAACAAAAAACUCAGACAAGUUUAAAUGAGACCAUCACAGACAAUCCGCAUAUUGAAAGCUUGAUUCUGGAAGCAGUAAGUCCUGAUUUAAGACAGACUCAGGAUAGUCUGUCUUGUGAUGGCAGUCUGUCUGAGAUAGAUGAAAAGUCAGAGGAAAUAUCGUUUCACAGUGAGGCGCUCGCUUGGUCUGAAGAAGAGCGAGACUAUCUCAGUGAGGAGAAGAAUGAAGCAAGCACUUGCUCUUUAGUCUUCGCAGAAAAGUUCACUGUGAUUCCAGACAAUUUUCAACAUAAACUUUAUUUGAACAAUAAACCUGCUGAAGGAUGCAAUACCUCCCCAUGUUAUGAAAGGAAAACUACUGUAGAGUCCACCCUCUCAGAGAUUCUCUCGCCUGUAGAUGAGGUCUUGUCAUACAGUAGUGCAGAACUUCCUCCCUCGGUUAAAGGAGGGGCCGGAACAGGCCUAGACAGCUACAGUUAUCCUCCUCCCCCUCCUGCCUUUGAGAUAAUUACAUGGACCAGUGAGGAGGAACAGCCAGCUCCACCUGAUUGUGUGGAAGAUCUCUCCAUUAACAGCGAGAACAUUCCACCUCUCCCUGUGGACUUAUAUCAGAGGAGAAUAGAGUCUCAAUGUCUAGCCUCUAAUAGUCUCAGGCCAAAGAAAGAAAACAAUGAUGAUACUAAUGGAGAUUGUUGUAAAACCCUCCCCCUAACUCAGAGCAUAUAUGAGGACAUAGAAAGCGAUUGCUCACUUCCUGAAGAUAGAAAUGAAAUCUCAGAUCCUUUGUCCUCCUUUCAGUUUGGAGACAGAGUUCUUGUGUGUAAGUCCAGACCUGGUGUGCUGAAAUAUAAAGGGCUCGCUGCAUUUGCAGAUGGCUUUUGGGCAGGUGUGGCAUUGGACACUCCUAAUGGAAACCAUAAUGGAACCUUCAGAGGUGUGAAGUAUUUUAGCUGUGAUAAAAGCCAUGGUGUGCUGGUCAGAGCAGAGGACAUCUCUCGCAUACACAGAGAACAUGGUAUAGAGACUGGGGUGGAUGAAGAUCCCUUCUCAGAUGAGGAUCCACCUAGUGCACAGAAAGACACAUCAUCAACAUGUGGACAAGGCGGACAUAAACAUUUUCAGUGUCCACCAAGAGAUGAUUCCAAAAUGCCAAAAAACUCACUUCAAAACGAACCGCAUAGAGAUAUGUUUGAUGGAGCAAGAGACCUUUCUCAUCCUUUAGAAAUGCCUUCACCAAAAAUUGGCUAUGAGCGUUCUGUUGGGGAAAACAUGGAUCAUGUGAAUGACUCCAAUCAUUCAGUUGCUAAGCUGACACAAGUGUUGGGGAAAGAUGUAGUCCACUAUACCCAGGAUACCCGAAAGACACCAAGACACAGGAUGAAAUUAGUGCAUGAUUAUAAAUCUAUCGAUACUGACAUCAGAAAAAGUGAGGUAUGUUAUUUCAUGCCAUGUCUCUUGGAGCAAUGGCAUCCGGCCCAACCGGACCUGCCACCAAAGAUAAAGGUACCACCCCAUGAAGACGGUAUCGUGUACAGAUUAGUGGAUGCUACAGUGGAUAUACUAUGCGGCCAAGCAAAUUAUGAUUCUCUUGAUUCUUAUGAAACACCAAGCUAUCUAUUAGAUGAUGACAGUCGCAAAAGUUAUAGGCAGGUGAUCUUUCAGUUAACAUCUGAUGUACUUCAUGAGGUUUUGGGUGAUCUUUUAAGGACAAAACAAUCUGCCAAGAAUAUAGAUGACGAUUCUCUGAUCUUAGCUCUGCAAUCAAGGAAAAUUUCAGUCACAUUUUUGAAGGCAACUGUGAGAAAAAACAUACAGAAAAUUCUUUAUUUAGACCGAAGUGAGCAACAGAUGAAAGAGAUGCUUCAAAAACUGUGCAAAUACUGGAAUGCCAAGAGAGACAGAGUGGACUAUAUACUGAUUCAGGAACUUCAUAAUGAGGAGAGAACAUGGCUAGACUACAGGUCUGACCAGGACACUGUGAAAAUGCAUCUGACUGAAGAGAUUUUCAGCCUUCUUUUGGAUGACACUAUAUUAGCCCUAAACCAUAUGCACGUUUGAACCUAAAAGACAAGUUUCAGAAUCUUGACAACAUUUUCAUACUUCACAUUUUGGUACCUUUCAUAUCUCAUUAUUUUUGGGCAGGGUUGUAAAGUAACGAAUUACAAAUACUCACGUUACUGUAAUUAACUACUUUUUCCCAAGAAUUGUACUUUUUUAAGUAGUUUUAAAAUUGUAUACUUUUACUUGUGUACAUUUUAAGUGCUGUAACUGUACUUUUAAUGCACUAUUUUCCCACCGUCUGUGUUCGCUAAUUCCCUGUCCUGAUUUUAUUUUUUAUCUAUCAACAUGAUUGGCUAGAGAGAGUCUCGUGACUCCCGUCAAAUCAAGUCACACGUAAAAAACUUGAACGGCAGCUGCAGAUCUGGCGGCAACUUUUAUGGAUGUGGAGGAUGCCUCAAACACAGUUUACAGCUGAAGGGCUUUUUGCAGUGAAAAAGGCCAAUUGCUUGACUGUGUCAUGUGAGCUUAACUUGCUCAAGCCAAAUAUCAGCAUUAAUCCUGCCUCUAAUUUGAAGAAACAUAUCGAGGUAAAUUUUAUUUGUCUUCUUACUAGAUUCUGUGUGUCUAUAAUGUAGCCUGUAAUUUAUCCAUCUAUCACUGAGAUUAUUGGGCUGCUGUGAGAGAUUAAUGCAAUGUUAUCAA